AUGGCGCCUACAUUGGCUGCCUCGCUACUCGCGCUGUGCCUCGCCACCGCUGCAGCGGUGGACCCAUUGAACCUCGGCCUCGAGUACCCGCUGCAUAUCUACGGCAACGGGUCGGCCCCGUUCUCGCAGCUCAUCGAACGCACCGGCGCGUCUUUCAUUUCGGUGCAUUUUGCAUCGAUGGACCUUCCGGCCGGUGCGAGUAUCACGAUCGCGUCGGUCGACGGCGCCAAAGAAGUGUCGUAUGAAGGCCGCCACACGGAUCUCUUCUCGGCGACCCUCGCAACGGACCGCGUCCGCCUCACGUACACCGCACCCAUGUACGAAACGGCGGCCACCUCCGUGUUUGAGAUCGACCACUUUAUCACUGGCAAGCCCGCCUCCAAGCUCGAAUCGGUGUGCGGUAAAGACAACUCGAAGCCGUCGACGUGCUACGCCGAGUCGGAAAGCACCAAGUUCAAAGCCAGCAAGGCCGUCGCGCGCCUCGUCAUUGGCGGCCGCUUCUUCUGCACGGGCUGGCUCGUGGGCUCCGAGGGUCAUAUGAUGACCAAUUGGCACUGCAUUCCAGACGCGGCCAAGGCGGCGAACGUCCAAGUCGAGUUUGGCGCGGUCUGCCCGAGCUGCGACGAUGCGCGCAACGACCGUGCGCUGCAGUGCGACGGCGUCAAGGUGGCGUCGAGCGUCCACUUGCUCGCAUCGAGCAAGCGCCACGACUUUGCACUUGUGCAGCUCAACACGACGGUGGACCUCGCGCCCUAUGGCCACUUGCAGCUCCGCGCGUCCGGGCCGGUCCUCGACGAGACCGUGUACAUUCCGCAGCACGCGUCCGGGCGGCCGCAGCGCCUAGCGAUUCGCACCGACGACGACGCACCCGGCACGAUCACGUCGCUGACAGAGCAGUCGUGCGACUAUGCCGACGUGCUGGACGAAGACUUUGUCGGCCACCGCCUCGACACCCAAGGCGGCUCGUCCGGAUCUCCGAUUCUGAGCACGCUCGACAACGCGGUCGUCGCGAUCCACAAUUGUGGCAGCGACGACGGGUGCACGCGGCACACCAACGGCGGCGUUCGCAUCGACAAUGUUCUGGCCUUCUUGCGGGCCAACAACAGCCGACCCCCUUGCCCUAGCCCCAGCCCUAACCGCCCCGCCAGGGUCGUGCAGAUUCGCACCAAGCGUGGCAAGUACCUCUCCGAGUGGAACUCUGGCCUCUUUGCGGACGUGUGGCGAGGCAACUUGAACGAGCUCUUCGAGGUGGACGCAGCGACGCAGUCGAUCAAGUCGAUCAAGAACCAGCAGUGUUUGGACGCAUACCGCGACCACCGCCACGGGCAGUAUCGUCUCCACACGUACCCUUGUGCAGCGACCAACGACAACCAAAAGUGGAUGAUCGCAAAUGGAAAGAUCAAGCACGCGACGCACGACAAUCUGUGCUUGGACGUCGACCCCACCAACGAGAACCAUGUAGCGCAGGUGUGGGCGUGCUUCGACCACAACGACAACCAACGAUUUGAUGUUGUGUCGCUGGAGCCGUAA